GUCCUGUACGAGCUCGUCCGCCUCUGCAACAAUGGCCGGGGCGAGUACAGGCACCGUCUCGAGAUGUACGAGACGAAGCCACGCUCCCCGAAGGAGCUGCAGGCGGACCUUGCAAAGGCCAUGCAACCCAACGUGGCACCCCACGUUCUGUGGGACCACGCGGCAACUGUGAACCUCCUCUUUCAAAACCUUCUCCUCGAGGCAGGCACGAGUCCGCGCCGGCAGAGUUUGUUCCUGAACCUUGA